UGAUUGGCUACGACCGACUGGCAACCCGGAAGACGGAAGGAUUGUAAACAUAAAGAAGUUGAGACCAUAUGGAGGUCUGAGGGUAAUGUUUUUAUUUUUAAUUGUAUACGUGAACAUCCAAAUAAGGGAAUAAUGACCCCUGGGAAGUAAAUAAUAAUUAUUAAAGAGUUAAGUAAGAAGAAAAUGGCAGAAGAAGCCAUGAGAAGCGACGCUUUAACUUCACCGGCUGAACAGAGAAGCUGUUCAGCAGGUGGGUCUCAGGUCCCCCCCCGCUGGGUCCAGAGCCCCUCGCUCGGUCCAGGUGGGACUGAGGUCCUCCGUCGCUGGGUCCAGAGCCCCCCGAUGGGUUCAGGUGGGACUCAGAUGGGAAUGGAGCUGCUGGACGCGGCUGCAGAGCAGUUCAUCGUCCACCGGGACUUCAAGACUUCGUUUGGUUUAUGUGAGAAAGGCCUGGCUCUUCUGGAGGACAACGAACAGGAACACAGCAGGCGUCCCUGCAGGGGGGCGGAGGUGAAGGAGGGUCUGUGUAUCCUGGGGGUCCAGGCCCUGGCAGAGCUCGACCAGUGGCCCGCGGCCCUCCCUUGGGUCCUCCGCCAGUACGAACGACCGGAGGAGAUCCCGGCCCAGAUCAUGCAGAUGUGCAUCCUCCUCUAUUCUAAAGUGGGCCAGGAGGCGGCGGUGCAGGAGGCCGCCGGCGCCUGGCUGCUCUGCCCCGUGGGCGCCGGGCCGGGCCCCUACAGGACGGUGGCGGAGCUGUACCUCCUGUGCGUGCUGCUGCCCCUCGGGCGCACGGACGACGCGCGGCGGCUGGUCCUGGGCGAGGUGGGCGGCCGGGCGUUCAGCGAGGACCAGAGGCAGCUGGCCCUGGAGGUGGUGACGGAGAAGGAAGCCCAGGGCCAGCAGACGCCGGAUGGCUCCCGUCGCAGCCCGAGCCCGGGUGUCCCUGUGCCCGCCUCGCCCCCUGGAGGAGCCCUGAUGGACAAACUACGAGCGAUGCUGCGACUCUUGUGCAGAAGCCUGUCUCUGAGCAGGGCUGGGUGGGUUCCUCUGCGCAGACUGUUCAUGGCUCUGGUCAUCGUCUACAUCCUGGUGGUGAGGAUGAACCCAGCACUUCCUUCUUCCUACCUCUGGAUCUCCAAACUCAUCCAGCUGUUGAAACAGAUGUGGAGCGUGAUGUUUAAACAGCACUAUUCCGCCUAACUCCGAUGAGAGGACUCUGAAGAGCAGAAAACUGUCUUUGAUUCUCUGUUCUGUUAAACAUGUGUGAGUGAGGUGCUGGUUGCCCUCCAGAGUAAGACGAUAAGAAGAACAAACUAUAUUUCUAUAUAAUUUUUUUAAUUUGGUGGAAGUCUUUUAGGUUCAGAGUAAAGUCUUGUCUGUCUGUGAAAUGAGAGCAAGAAAUGUCUCUUGUGUUUUUUAAUAAAGUAAUAUUUCAUAUGUG